GGCUUACGGUAGCAAGAUGGCGGCGGCGUGUCGGAGGCGUCUCCGUGAGCACAGUGCUCGUCGACGUCGAGCAGUGUACGCGUUGAAAGCUCGCAUCGCAUUGACGGCAAGGCCACAAACGGUUCUACGGUCUCGUUAUAAUCGGGUUGUUGUAAAAUUCGGCGUAAAACAAAGCGCAACAUUCCUUUUUUGUGAUUAAGUCUACAACGGACGUGCUCAGCCAUCGAUACAGCUACGCGCGGACGAAUGAGAGGAGGAAAAGCUUAGUGCACCACUCUGCACACCGUCGAGGACGUUGUUUCUUUCCUCUUGCAUAUUUUCAUGCAGUCGUUCGUUGAUUUUUGUUUUGAGAGCACUCCUCCGGUCGCCUGAACGAGUGUCGUUGCUCCAGGUACAACCGAAUUACACUCAGGGCGGGAGGGGGCUGGGUGACGAAAAAAAUAGAAAACUCACGUCGGGGAACAGUGGCGACAGUCACCGAAAUCUUAGUUUACUCACGAGCAUCUUACCCGCCUGCAUUUCCGGUUUACGAUACUUUUCGCUGUCGUCGACUCGGAGGCUACGGGCUUUUGUGAAUCUCCAGUGCAAACGGGAGAUCCGGCGACCGAGUUAAUGCGCGAGCAUGUAGUUGCCUCGCUUCGCGGAGGUGGGAAAGCCCGGAACUACCGUGUUGGCUUCCGUGUGUCCGACGUGUGUUUGUGAUCAAGCACUCCAUCUCCCUCUCGCUCCAAACCCUCCUCCCAUCUCUUUCUCUUCACCCCACGCCUCUCCUCGAGCGAAAACAUCGGCGUCGGUGCACCCUGUGCAUUUGCAAAGGGAGUUAAUGAGAAAGAGCCAUAAAAUGGGCACACUAUCGCUGCUGUCGUUCGAGCUCAACUUUGGCCAACCUCGUGAGAGCCUUGAAACUUCAAUUUGAAGGGAACGUACGAAGGAAAGAAAAAGUGUCGACGCUCACGUCGGCCGAGUCGCACACGGGGCUUUACUACUUCCGGGUUCAGACUGCAUGGGUCGCGAGAAAGUGGUGAUUGCCGGAAGUGGUCCGGCGCGUCAGCGGCAAAAAACAGAGACCGCUUUUCUUCUCGCACCUAACCUUUGCUCAUAGCAUUUUCCUUUGACCCGCCACUGACGCUCGUGACCUUUGUUCUUUUUCGCUCAUUCAAACGACACGAGCGAAGCUCGUGCUCCGACUCCAGAACAUUUUCACUCCGCUCUAUUCCUUCACCUCCGCGUCGAAUCUCUCCGGUCCUGCUGCCAAUUCAUGAAUGGAGGUUACCCACGUAAAUGAAGAAAAAACGUCGGAGGAGGAGGGCGAGCGUUCUCCUGCCGGUGGAUAGUCAGUGAUCGUGAAAUUUGGCCGAGAGUAAUAAAGUCGUUAUCCGGAAAGCGUGGUUUUUGUUUUCAACGUUAAAAUACCGGUUCGGAGAUAAUUGAGACCCCGGUGCGAUAUUUCUUUCCGGAUACUCGUUGGUACUCUUCAGGCCGGGAAACUCUUGGCGUGUGACAACGAUUCAAGACUGCGGCCGACGAUUGAAGAAAUAUUCAUCGAGCAUCGAACAAGGGACGAAGGGGAAAAAUAGUAGAAAUACAGAGCCGAGAGAAGGGACACAGAAACGUGGGAGACGUUGCCAGGACGACCGCGAGGAGAUUGCCCGGAUUUUAUUUUAUUCUAUGUUAUUGCACUUUGGAACAACGGAAUAGAACGAAAGCAAUAAUAAACACGAGGAGGCGUUACCGAGAAAAACUGGAAUGCAAAGAAAGUUUGAAUCCUCGUCGACUUCAUUUUAUUGACGAAGAGCCGCCCGACCGGAAAUGACGUUAGAGCCUCACGUGACGAACAUCUUCAAUGGAAGCCUCGUAACGGGAUGCUGUGAAUUGGCGAAAAAGCUGUCGCAUCUCGGGAUUACGAUAAAAAUGUGCAACAACGUGUCAAGCCUCGUGUUCGAAGGGUCGAGAAAAUCGGGGAUGAGAUGCGGCUACUCUACGUCUCUACUUUCGACGUUUCGAAAGUACGUUACAACGACGAUUUGCACGUUUUAUCGUCGUUCCACGAUAAAUUUCGCGGGUUAUCCGUUGAUACGAGAUUAUUCAACGUUUCCGAGCUCUCAUGUUUUACCGAGAUACGCGAUACGCUCCGCGUGACCAACGUCAAGUUUCCUCGAUGCGAGAAACGAUUUCACAUCUUCAUCUCGUUCGAAAGAAACGACAAGGCACUUAGGCGAAGAAAAAAGAGAUAACAGAGGCUUCUUCGUUUACCGUUACUUUCCACACCGAAUUCCGUUCGACGGGCGUUCACAACAAUAGUAAUAACAAGAAAAAUAUUAUAACAGCAGCGGGAUGAUGCUCGAGAGCGAAUGCUUUGGAUUAAUUGAUCGCAAAGUUGGAAAAGGAAGCUCGGAUUGAAGAAGAAAAUAGGAAAGCAUAACCGUUUUUUCGUAUAUGAAGAGAGAAAAGUGUUAGGAAGCCUGUAUAAAAAUAAUUAAUCACACGUUCCCUUCGCUCUUCCCAUCAACGAGACAAAAGUGUACCGGAAGCGGGGUUCGAGACGGAAGAAAAAUCCACGAGCUUUCCGGACCGCAUGAAAAGGAGAAUAAAAAUCUGUUGGAAACGUGGAUAAAAGAAGAAAAAUCGAGGAGGAAAAAAAUUUUGGACAAAUAAAUAGAAAAUAGCGGUGGAAGCUUAGAGGGAAAAACGUGCUGCAGUUCCUCGCUCGCCCGUUUCGCCGCAUCGAUUCGUUCGGUGAUCGCAGCGAGGGAAGUGCACACACGCAGACACAGAGUGCCAUACACGCCAACUCACACUCACGCAUUUACGUGCUGCCAUUCAUCUUUAUUCUCGUUUCUCCCUCUCUCGCAGAUUUUUUCAACGGUGAAACAAGAAAUAUUUCGAUAACAAGGGGACUGCACACGAAUACGUGCCCACACCCACAUACACACACACACACACACACACGCCCACGUAUUUCUAAAGAGGAGAAAAGUGCACCGGUUUAGAAAAAAAAUACAAGAGAACGGGAAUAGAAAGUCGCGUGAACAAAAAAAUACGGCACUCGUCGACCCUCCCUCUUCUUCAGGGGAGGAGAGAAACAAAAUCGAUUUUACGGGUAUACUAACUGCCGGACGUAAGAAUACGUGUAAGCAAAUACGUGACGUUGAAAAGAGGAGUUUCACUCAUAAUCUCUGUGAAAAUAUUUCGGUAUUAUAUGAAAAGGAGACGACGAAGAAAGAGGAAGAAAAAAUGAGAUUACGAUUAACGUGCGUCAUUAUUGUUUGUCUACGAUAUUGAUUUAUUACGCGAAAAGAUACAUAGAUACGUUGUAGGAAUAUUCACAUAUAUCUGUACAUGCUCGCAUGUGUAUGCGUAUAUCCAGUGCCACUUUUGCCGGUAACGUCAAAACUAUCAUACAAAUAGUUGUGUUUAUCGGUGAGAGAAAACAAAAGUGCGAAGAGUUUUAAGAGAACGUGAGUGCCGUACGGGGGUGGGGGAAAAUAAAAGUGCGAUUCUGAUCUACUGAUAUCCACUACGAAAAUGUCACUUCUCAGUGUUACCGUUAAGAAGGCGAGAUUCGUCGGAACGCAAGCACAACAAUUCAACACAUACGUGACGUUGAAGCUGCAGAACGUGAAAUCUACAACGGUGACCGUUAAGGGGGCCAAUCCAUGCUGGGAGCAAGACUUUCUUUUCGAGACGAACGACGUCAACACUGGUCUACUCGUGGAAGUAUGGUGCAAGGGAAUGCUCUGGGAUCGUGCACUCGGCUAUCAUUACAUUCCACUGCCUGGUGUAUCAUACGCGAGCGAGGAUGAUUCCGGUCAAUGGGUCAGCCUGGACUCGGAACUGGAGAUGUUGGGGGGUGAGGUCGUUGGCACAAAAGCUCCAACUGGUCACACAUUGCUGAUAGCCUGUCGUUUCGAGUUGCCAUUCGGAAAGUACGAUCCACCGACUGGAUGGAAAGCCCUGCUAACGAGCGAAACAGCUAUGAAGUUGCGAGCAGCCCGGCCCACAUGUGGCUCAGAUCCCGAGAACACCGAGGCGGCGGAUCUUCAGAGAAAACUGGAAAUGCUGAACAACACGAUGGACCAGGAGGCAAGGGCUGAACAGGCCCGUCGCCAGAUAUUGUACAUAGGCCACUCUGGUUACUCCGAAGAUUCGGAUUACACGUCCGAUCUGAAUUAUCCGGUGGGUGGACAGGGUGCCAAUAGUUCGGCCUCGCAAUUUCGCACCGCUGCCAAUCAAUUAGCGACGCCUCAACGAUCGCUUGAGACAUCAAGGGAAAACAGUUACGAAAGGGACGACCAUCAGAUUCCUGGAAGUGUUGGUGGCAGACGAGCUGGUAGUUAUAAUUAUGGUGGUCGUGGCCACAGUCCUAGAUACGAUGAGCCUUAUCCCGGUGAAGGUCCUCCACAGAGGUAUUCCACUCAGCAAAGUGCCGAGUCUUCCGAGCCACUCUUCUAUAAUAGUCGACCGAGACACUACAAGGAAUACAGACGACGGAAGCACACGUGGGAUUAUGAGGACAGUCAGGAUGGUUGGUACAGCGAAGGUUACGAUUAUCCUGGAACAAAGGUCGAUGAAACGAGAAUAUACAGCGAUACGGAAUAUUAUCCCAGCACGACGACUAGCACGUCCUCACGAAGAAGAGGUGCGCAUAGAAGACCAUCGCUCGAAAGACAAACGACUCUUUACGACGAUCAGAUGCACUACGGAACUGAUGGUUACGGCAGUGAUAGCAGAGUUGGAAAAAUGAGUGCUACUUAUCCCGAAUGUCAUACGGACAUUCGUCACAGUGAAUAUUACGACAGUAUAACGGGUUACGUUUAUCAGGAUGAGAGAUAUGGACAAGACGAUGAAGAUCGUCAAUGGGACAGCGGGGGGAAAUGGUACCUCGGGUCUAACAUUUAUAACGAAAAUAAACGCAAUAGAAAAACACUUCCACAAAGACCAGCAUCAAGUAUUGGUAUUCACAGGCCUGACUACAGACCUGCUGUCACGAGGCAACGUAGCUACGAGUCCGAAGAACUCGAUUACAACGGACAAAGCACACGGCGACGGAAAGCUCUGCAGCCUCAGCAGCGUCCAAUGUCGCGUCAGGAGGGUGGUACCGGAAAGAAAUUGCCACCAACACCGACAAAACCGAGUAGCGUUGUAAUCGGGCGUAAGCCAGUCUCGCUUCCAGCAACUCCAGGACGUCAACUGCCACGUACACGAACACCGUCCGAGGAGAGUUACUAUAAGCAGGACUACAACGAGGAUUACAAUUAUGCUUAUCGCAGCAGUCAAGACAAUUUGCCUCAAGAUACGAGUUACGUUGACGUAGGUUACGCGGAGCCAGUUGUUAGUAGUGAGAGUUUGACGAAAACAAGAUCAUCCUAUGGUAGUGCGACUAAAGACAUUUAUAGCGGUACAGUGCAUGUACAGGACAAUCAGUUUGGAACAGAUCCAUAUGGGACGACAGAUCAACUCGACGAGCAGUACGUCGAUGAUGGUUACAAAAAAUCAGCGUCGAGAACGCAGAACGCAUACGAGACGGUGGGUCAAACGUAUCAGGAUAAUUCAUACACGGACGAUUAUAAUAAUUCUCAACAAUCUUACGUGCCACCAACCAGUCAGAUUUAUCAAGAUACGAAUUAUCAGACAAAUACAUAUCCGAAAGAUAGCGAAACGAGUCUAGGGCAUUACGAGAAUUCCCAUCUCGGUACCGAUCAAGAACAUGAUUACCAGACUAAUCUUGGUUACAAUGAGAACAGCGCUGAUUAUAAUCAAGAGCCUUAUAAGCAGCUUGACACUUAUCAGGACCCUUACAAGCAGGAUUCUUAUCAACAGGCUAAUUAUUCAGAGCCUUACAAGCAAAACGAUUAUCAAGAUACUUACAAGCAAGAUAAUUAUCAUGAAACUUACAAGCAGGACUCUUAUCAUGAGUCUUUCGAUGACUCGUACAAGCAAGACUCCUCCCUCAAUGAGUCGUACAAGCAAGAUUCUUUUCCUGAAUCUUACAAGCACGACACAACCACGACGACUACUACUUAUGACGAUAACUACAAACAGGAUGCGUAUGAGAACACUUACAAGCAGGAUUCCUUCGGGGAAUCCUACAAGCAAGAUUCUUACGCGGAAUCCUAUAAAAGCCAGGACAUCUAUCAAGAAUCUGGAUACAACGAGACUUACAAAGAUGAAUCCUAUGACGAGUCUUACAAACAGGAUAACAACCAAUACAAUGGCUAUGGUGGAAAUGUCGAAACUUCGGUCUACGACAAUAAUGUUCCAACUUCAGUGGCUUACGACAAAAGUGUACCAUCGACGAUGGCUUACGAGCAACAACAGCAGUAUUCCCAGAAUCAGUAUGACAAUAAGUACAUCGUAACGUCAACGGGCUACGAGGAGUCUUAUCAAGACCAAAACGUGCCAGUAUCCCAGGACAAUUAUUCCGAGCCUUAUAGAAAUGAAACACAACAACCAACCAGUCAACAGCAAGAGAUCAAUUAUCAGGACAAUUAUAAUGUUCCCUACAGCAAAGAAAGUCAACAGGGCAAUUACGAAGAUGGUUAUCAGGAUUAUCCUGAUCAGUAUAUCGACAAUACUUAUCAAGAGUCCUAUCAGGAGUCUUACGAUGAGCAACAGUACAAGAACACCGUCCAGACAAGCAACGAGAGACGAAGGAGCGAAGUUCCCGAACUCUCCGUGACGACACCCCGUGGACAAACGAGAACCAACGGGUAUCAGUCCAGCGAGUCCAAGUACUUUUAUCCGAGUCAAGACAGCGAACACGAACAAAAUGUCUCGGCUAUAGGCUCCUCAAGGCGCAAGAAACUUGCUAGCAAACGUGACGCCAGUCCCUUGCUUCAACAGAACACAGAUUCGUUGGAGUCGAGGGAUGACGAGCUCAAAGACUCCUUCGAAACUGCUGUCAGCUCCGUUGGUAGCAGCCAACCGCGCAAGGGUUUCAGUGAAUACUCAACGGCUGGUGAAUCCAGUCCGGUUCCUGGUACAAUGGUCGACUCACCACUGAGCACCAACCAAGUGGCUCCUUCCACUUUGUCGAACCAUGUGACCGCCAACAAUCGUGUUACCAUAACCGCCAUGGUGCAUGGUGGAACCGCAGCCAUCAAUGGCAAACGACCCCUUGAAAGAACUGAUUCUUACGCCGAAGAUGUCAUCGAUGACGAAGAAGCAUAUCCCGAAAUCGUCCCCAAAGAACCUCAUCGAAAAGAUUCACAAUUGUCUCACCAGAGUCAGCUCAGUCAACACUCCAAUCAUUCCCAAAAACCAAAACUUAUCAGGGGCGAUUCUUACGCUUCCGAUCAUUACAACAGCGAAGAUGGUUACCCGCCAGCUGGACGAAGAGACUCUUUCGUUCAACUUGCGAGAAACGAUUCUUACGCAUCGAUCAAUCAAGAUGGCAGCUUCAAAGGAAGUCUCAGUCGCACUGAUUCUUAUCAAAAAAGGGGCUCCACCUAUGGACAAAACUUCACUACUCCUCAACCCAUUUCCAGGGCUGAAAGCUGCCAACGUGGAUACUUCAAAGAUCAAGAUUCCAUUGAUGAGGCUGAUAUUGUCCUCAGCAGUGCUAUCAAUGGGGAAUACAAAAUGAGGAACGAGACUCUUGAGAGGUACGAGAGGGGCGAAGAAGCUCUUAAUCGAGGCUCUCGGGAGAACUCGUUGGUUGAGCCUUAUAAAGGCACACCCCCGUUAUCCAGAUCUGACAGCCCAAGAGGAAGCGUUACGAAACAAGCAUCGCUGGAUGAGAGCGUGCAGAUGGAUACACCACCCAGAAGCCCACCGGAACCACCACCGGACGAAGAACUUUUGGAUAUGGUUGGUGCACCUCCUAUACCAACGCAGCUCAAAGAACGCCAGGAAAUGACUGCCAGGCAACGAUGGCACUGGGCCUACAACAAGAUCAUCAUGCAGCUAAACAACGGAAGUGGACCUGGCGGAGAGUCCGGUGGAAGAGCGAAUGGGCAUCCGGGAGACAAUCCGUUUUACAGCAAUAUCGACAGUAUGCCGGACAUACGACCACGCCGGAAAUCGAUACCGUUGGUCUCCGAGCUGGUCUUGAAGCACGCUUUCGCGCGAAUCCUCGAGAUCGAAAAAGAAAAAGUGAAAGGAGAUUGUGCGACGAUGGCAGUGACGAAACGAAAUGCAGGACUGACAUCGGCGGUACCACGAGCAACGUUGAACGACGAGGAGCUGAAGAUGCACGUGUACAAGAAGACCCUACAGGCGAUGAUCUAUCCGAUCUCGUCGACUACGCCUCACAACUUCGUCACCUGGACCGCUACUUCGCCUACUUAUUGUUACGAGUGCGAGGGCCUGCUAUGGGGUAUCGCGAGACAGGGCGUAAGGUGUAUGGAAUGCGGUGUCAAAUGCCACGAAAAGUGCAAGGACCUUCUCAACGCCGAUUGUUUACAACGCGCUGCUGAAAAGAGUUCGAAGCACGGUGCCGAGGAUAAAGCGAACAGCAUAAUAACUGCGAUGAAGGAAAGAAUGAAACAACGGGAACGAGAAAAGCCUGAAAUCUUUGAGCUUAUCCGCACGACAUUUUCAGUCGACCCGGACACUCACAUUGACAGCCUCGAGCAGGCCGAACUCAUCGUACUCGAGGGGACGAGCAAGUGGUCGUGCAAGAUCGCCAUCACAGUCAUCUGUGCCCAAGGACUCAUCGCCAAAGAUAAGAGUGGAACUUCCGAUCCUUACGUCACCGUUCAGGUUGGAAAAGUCAAGAAACGAACGAGAACUAUGCCUCAAGAACUCAAUCCUGUUUGGCACGAGAAGUUUUACUUUGAAUGUCACAAUUCUUCGGAUCGCAUAAAAGUUCGAGUCUGGGACGAGGACAACGAUUUGAAAUCGAAGCUGCGUCAAAAAUUGACGAGGGAGAGCGACGAUUUCCUUGGCCAAACAAUAAUCGAGGUUCGGACGUUGAGCGGCGAGAUGGACGUUUGGUACAACCUGGAAAAACGUACCGAUAAAAGUGCCGUUUCGGGUGCAAUAAGACUGCACAUAAGCGUCGAAAUCAAAGGAGAAGAAAAGGUCGCGCCGUAUCACGUGCAAUACACGUGCCUUCACGAGAAUCUUUUCCACAGUCUUUGCGAGGGCAACGGCGGUAUGGUUACAUUACCUCAAGCGAAGGGUGACGACGCGUGGAAAGUUUACUUUGAUCCACCUGGUGAAGAGCUCGUUGACGAGUUUGCCAUGCGUUAUGGAAUCGAGAGUAUUUAUCAAGCGAUGACGCACUUCCAUUGUCUCUCGACAAAGUACCUGUGCCCAGGUGUGCCGGCUGUGAUGUCAACCCUAUUGGCAAAUAUAAAUGCUUACUACGCUCACACGGCGGCGAGCUCGGCGGUUUCAGCGAGUGAUAGAUUCGCGGCGAGCAACUUCGGGAAAGAGAAAUUCGUCAAGUUACUGGAUCAGUUGCAUAAUUCGCUGAGGAUAGAUUUGUCGAUGUACCGAAACAACUUCCCUGCAUCGACGCAGGAAAAAUUGAUGGAUCUGAAGAGCACAGUCGAUCUGUUGACGAGCAUAACAUUCUUCAGGAUGAAAGUACAAGAAUUGUCAUCACCACCGCGUGCCAGUACAGUAGUGAAAGAUUGUGUGAAAGCCUGUCUGAGAUCGACCUACCAAUUUUUGUUCGAGCAUUGUUACGAUCUUUACAAUCGAGAAUUUCAAGUCGAUCCUAACGAGGCUAAGAGAGACCCCGAGGAGCAUGGACCACGUUUGGAUUCUUUGGACUUUUGGCACAAACUUAUCGCUCUCAUUGUUUCUGUUAUUGAGGAAGAUCGGAAUAGUUAUGCACCGGUUCUCAACCAAUUCCCUCAGGAAUUGAACAUCGGUCAAUUGUCAGCCGAAACAAUGUGGUCACUCUUUGCUGUUGAUAUGAAAUAUGCCCUUGACGAACACGAACAACACAGACUGUGCAAAUCUUCGGCCUACAUGAAUUUGCACUUCAGAGUCAAAUGGCUGCACACUAAUUUCGUCAAGGACGUACCAGCUUACAAAAAUUCUGUUCCUGAUUAUCCAGCAUGGUUUGAACCAUUCGUCAUGCAGUGGCUUAAUGAAAAUGAUGAUGUUUCACUCGAAUAUCUUCACGGUGCCUUCAGCAGAGACAUGAAGGAUGGGUUCCAAAGAAGCAGCGAACACGCCUUAUUCAGUGUCUCUGUGGUCGAUGUUUUCACUCAAUUGACUCAGUGCUUCGACGUCGUCUCGAAACUAGAGUGUCCUGAUCCCGAAAUAUGGAAGCGAUACAUGAAGAGGUUUGCCAAGACAAUUGUCAAGGUGCUCUUGUCGUAUGCUGAUAUAGUGAAGAAAGAAUUUCCAGCGCACCUCAAAGAGGAGAGAAUCGCCUGCAUCCUUAUGAACAAUAUCCAACAACUUCGUGUACAAUUGGAGAAAAUGUUCGAAUCGAUGGGCGGUGACAAGCUCGAAGAGGACGCGGCGAACAUAUUGAAAGAAUUGCAGCAGCAGUUGAACAGCGCACUCGACGAUCUUGCGAUGUUGUUCGCGAAGAGUCUCGAGCCGAGAAUAACAGUUUCGGUGCGAGAAUUGGGUGACUUGUUGUUAGCGAUCAAAGGCGGCGGACAAGUCGGAGCCUCGCAGCCGAGUCAAGCGAAUCAAGUUACGGUUGAAGCUGACGACGUUUUGAGGCCGCUGAUGGAUCUGCUCGACGGCAGCUUAUCGCUUUAUGCCCAAACCUGUGAGAAAACUGUGCUCAAGAGAUUGCUCAAAGAACUUUGGAAAAUAGUCAUGAGAAUUCUCGAGAAAACUGUCGUCCUGCCACCAAUGACGGACAAGACGAUGAUGUUCAAAAACCUUACUGACAAUGCCAAGAAUCUCGCUGCCAAUGCCAAAAUCGAGGACAUGUCGAGGCUGUUCAAAAAUCACAUGGCCGGAAAACCGGAUGUCAAAAACGCACUCAGUGGAGUUAUGGACAUAUCGAAGGAAGUGGAGAAAAAUCUGUCACCGAAGCAGUGCGCCGUGCUGGACGUUGCGCUGGAUACGAUCAAGCAAUAUUUCCACGCAGGAGGAAGUGGCCUGAAGAAGAAUUUCCUCGAGAAGUCUCCAGAGUUGCAGAGUUUACGUUACGCGUUGAGUUUGUACACGCAGACAACGGACACGCUGAUUAAAACUUUCGUCACGUCUCAAGUCAAUCAAAUGCCGCUGAACGAUCCGUCAACGUUACGUCAGCGUCAGCGCUCGAUGAGCAGCGAGAGAGCGGACGAAGGGGAGGGAGCCGAGGGCAUGGAGGGCCUCGAGGAGCCCCUGCGCCAGAGCAAGCCUCCUCUCCGUCAAGAGAGUCGACAAGACACCGGAGGAGCCGACGGAGGUUCCGUGGGUGAGCUCAGCAUCCAAGUCGACCUUUUCACGCAUCCUGGAACCGGAGAACAGAAAGUCACGGUCAAAGUCGUUGCUGCGAACGAUCUCAAGUGGGCAAUAGCCACCGGAAUGUUCAGGCCAUUCGUUGAAGUCAAUUUGAUCGGACCACACCUGGCUGAGAAGAAACGAAAAUACGCCACGAAGUCGAAGAGCAAUAACUGGUCGCCGAAAUUCAACGAAACUUUCCACUUCAUAAUUGGCAACGAGCAACAGCAGCUGGACUUUUUCGAGCUUCACAUAUGCGUGAAGGAUUAUUGUUUCGCCCGGGAGGACAGAUUAGUGGGUGUGGCAGUGCUGCAGUUGAAGGACAUAGUGGAGGAUGGUUCUUGCGCGACGUGGUUAUCGUUGGGAAAGCGAAUACAGAUGGACGAGACCGGUUGGACGAUACUGCGGAUAUUGUCGCAGCGAAACAACGACGAAGUGGCUAAAGAGUUCGUCAAGCUGAAGAGUGACAUUCGCCAGGAGAAUCCACUGCCGAACCCGACCUGAAGUGAUUAAUUAUUGGAAGAUCUGAGCAAGAGCGAGAAAAGGAACCAAAGAUAUAACCCAACUGGAACAAAAUACGAGUGAAAAGGACGAAGAGAGAGAGAGAGAGAGAGGGGAAAGUGUCAAGACGAGUUGAGGACUGCAGGAGCGAAGAGCGCGAGCGCUCUCGAGCUUCGAAAGAGCUUGAGGGAGAGCCUGAAAGUAGUGAGGACGAAGUGAAUCGAGCCGGGAGUGAUUCCGAUCCAAAAUGGAAGAAAUAAGAAGAGACGAAGGAUACGAGGCGAGGAGGAACGGAGGGCCUCGCGGAGGAGAAAAGUCCUUCCGAUUUCUUCGCUCCUGCGAUCGAGGGCAGGCGAAGCAACGAGCACCAAAAGGAGAGAAAAACUAACGGAUGAAAUCCGAAGACCGAGGCGCAGCAGUGACCCCGAGAAAGGAGCGGGAGCUGGGAAUAUUUUCCAAUUCCAAACGAACGCGAAAAUAUUUCAAAACCGCUUUGUUACGGGACCGAAAAAAAAUGCGGAGCGACGUUCUCCUAUGCAAGGAAAACAAUGAAGAAUCUGCACUCACGAGCGCGACGAAUUUCCGACCAACUUCCAUCAUCGAGGAGGAAGCCCGACGAGGACGAUAAACCGAGCAGGCAAACAAAACCGAAAAGUCAAACGGGUUCGUGAUACAACCCGUCGUCCAACCACGCACGAAGUUCAAUGAUGCCCGAGAGAACAAACGGCCCAAAGCCCAAGAUAAAACGGCGUGGGAGAAGCAAAAUAUUACAAAGGAGGGGAAAAAACUAUUUAAAGAAUGAACAAAAGUCCUGCGCCUUUUUUCUCUCCGUCAAUUAAUGACGAAGAGGAAAGAAUAAUAAUGAAAUUAAAUAAAAGUUAACGAGCAGAAUCGUGGCAGCCGAUGAAACGAUAAAUUUCGUACAAAAGAGGAUACUUUAUCUCUUUUCUCAAGCUAAUAAAACGUCACACGACUGUAGAUAAAAACCGUGAAAAAUUAUGUUGAUUCGAGGACAGGAGAAUGUCUUUUUUCUAAAUGCAAGUUGAAGAAAAAAUGAAGUAUAUAUAUAUACACACACACACAUAUAUAUAUAUACAUUGUGUAGCAUUGCGUACGACCAAUUGGUACGUUUUUCCUGAAAAAACAAGUCACAAUUGAAAAAAAACAGUGACGAACUUUUUUCAGUAGCAAAAACGUGCCGCUAGUAUAUAAUAGGCCAUACUAAUUAAUUAUCGUAAAUAUUUAUAUAUAUAUGCCCAUAUAUAAGCCUAACUAUAUAUGUGUAUACAUAUAUAUUUAUUAUAAAUACUGUAAAGUAUGUUCUUAUUCGUAAGUAAUUAAGGAACAAAUCCACGAUCAUAAGAAAGUCUGACUGAUGAACGAUGAAUGAUGAAUAAUCAUAUAUAUAUGAAUAUAAAUAUAUAUAUACGAAUGUGUGUGUUCGAAUCUCGUUCUGAGAUCGUAGAUUUUCGACAUCGUACAGGUUUUACCCGUUGCUUUGAUCGUUUUAAUCAUUUGACACGAAACUCUGAUCGUCGGAGUGAGAUUUGACUUGUCAGGGCGUUUAUUACUCCUUUAUCGAAAAAUAUAAAAACCGAAAGAAACGGGCAUAAAAUAGUGGAAUUCACAGAAAAUCUGGGUACGAAAAUUCGACGGGUCGAAUGAAAAAUAAUAAAAUAUUCGACGAGGGGUAAAAAUGAGGAAAAAAACAGUUACGGAUGAGAGGAAAAAAAAAUACGAAAUAUCCCUGUAUUAUCAUGAGACUUUUUGCGUUAUUUCAAAGUUUCUACUACUGCGUAUUUAGUCCAAGUAUAGAAACGACGAAAUAUCCUAGUUUCGGGAAGGAGGCAAUCGAACGAAAGGAAACGACAAAAAAUAAUGAAUAAAACAAUGAAUAUAUGAAAUCACAAGAUUGAUGAAAUUCUCAAAUUUCAACGGUAUGAAAAACCAAUUCAUUCUUCGUAGAACCACUUUCUCAACGAACAUUAAAUAUACAAAUGUACACUCGGACCCACACACACACACACACACAGCCACACACGAUGACAAAGACAAAAUGGAUUUCCGACCGCGAUGGGUCACGCAAUUUUUCCUCCUAAUCUCCGCUUCAAUUAAAUAUCUUCGUAAACUUAUGAAAAAAGAAAAGAAAAAAAAAAAAACGAUACCAAUAAAAAUAUCUCGUGUAUUCUGUGAUAAUUACCCCUUACAAGGGAUGAAGAUGAUAAAACAGUAAUAAUAUUAAUAUUAAUAAUAACGAAUAGUAAUAUUAUCGUUAAAAAUAUUAAUAAUAUUAACAAUAUGAUGCUAACAUUAAUAAUAACGAUAAUAAUAACAUUAACAAUAAUAAUUAUUAAUAUCAAUAAUAAGCAUAAGGAAAAACCAAAAUUUCACGUAUUGACAGCCACGUGAAUCGUAUACCAGAAACAUUCGAGAAAAACAGAACGACCCAUGAAAUAAUAUCACGAGAAAUCUAGACAAAAUAUUAACGCUGUACAAACAUCAAGACAAAAAACGACAUCUGUAAACGACAGUUAGUUUUGCUUUUUGAAAGAGAGAGAGAGAAAAAAAAACGAAAAGAAGAAAAUGAAAUAUCACUGAAACUGACAGAACGCAUUUCGAUUUAUAUUCUACGUUAUGGAUUUUGAAAGGAAGAUGUCAAAAUUUAUGAACGAAAAAUACAAGUAUUGUCAGACCUAAUCUCCGGGUAUUAUGCGGACGGUAGGAAAGGAUAAUUUCGAUAAUAAAUUAGUGCUGUUAAUUUUCGAGUUGUGCGUUUUCGUUGAGCGCGGUAAGAAAAGUUUUGGAGUAAGUGAGAAGAAAAAGAAACGAAGGGAUCAACAAUUUCAGACACAAACUCGGUCCGGGAGUCUCGCUCUUGCAGAAGCAGUGACGAGCAACGAAGUGUGAUUUUCAUUCCCUCAUUUUCUCGUUUGAACAUCGAAAUAAUUUUCUUUCGAUCUGCUUUAUUUAUCAUCGCUAUUUGCGAAGUAAAAAUAAAAAACGAAAUGAAAAAUUCGUCGCUCGUUGCUGUCCAGAAGCUGUAAGAACGAGGUUAAAAUCUCGACGGAACAGGAUCGUUCCACCGGAUCAAACGAAGCGAAGUAAGAUGAAAAUUUUUGAAACUGCUGAUCGAAACGUGCAAUGUGCUGACAGAGGUCAGAAUGAGAAAAGCGAAUCGCCGACGGGGUCGCAGACGCUCGAGAGGAACGGUCGGAGCGCAGAGUGAGAAAGCGAGGGAGUGCGGAACAAAAAGAGAUAAAUAAAUAAAUAUUAUACACAACUGUUGACAAUACUAUGCUUGAAAAAAAAAAAAAAAAAAAAAACGACAAAAUAACAAAUGACGCGUAUGUAACUGUACUUAUUAAAUAAUGUAAAACGACGGAAUAUUUGUGUUUCGUGAGUAAAAGCGAACGAACGAACGAACGAACGAACGAACGAACGAACGAAAAACAAACGAACGGUCAAAUGGAAUACAAAAAUUCGGGGGCGAGAGAGAGAGAGUUUUAAAAUAAUGAAAACAAAAGAUUAGAUUCCUUUAUCGUGUUAUUGAUAACCGAGGAACAAUUUUUUGUGAAACGUAUUUCGCGUGUGUUAUUAAUUACGAUCUACGAUAUUGUUGUCCGUAUACGUGCGAUGAUUGCGUGUUUAUUGAAAAAAGUAACAAAAUAAUAACAAACAAAACAACCAAAAAAGAAAAAAACAAAAAAAAAAAAAACAAAAAUAACAACAUAAUUUACCAUAACUGAGGAGUUCAAUCGUUCGUCUCCUACGGAGAACGUUAUUUACCAUUGUUGAUGAAAAUUUUUUAAGCAAAAAAACCAAAUAACGAAGAAAAAAGAGGAAAAAAAGAAAUAAUUGCAUCCCCGUCGCGCGCGAAACACCCCGAAAUAUCCUUAUCGCAUCCUUCAUCUCUCAUCGACGCGUUCAACCGCAUUUCACUCAAUUUUUCAUCGAUUCGAAUCGCUGCUGGGCCUUCGCGCUUGUCGAAUCAGUGAUAAAUUCGAAAAACAAACUUAUCCUUGGUUUUUUAUGCGACAUCCUGAUUUUCGAGCAGAUAUUCGAACGAUUCUCAAAUGAUUAUAAUAUAAAAUUAACAAUAAUGGGAAAAAAUAUCGUUGGAAUAACCUCACCACUGAUUCGACAGCAGUGAGUCGCUGGUGACGCGAGAAAAGGGGGAAAAAUGUACUGUGUGUAAAAUGAAAAGGAGCGCGAGCAAGAAUUCUGGAUCUCAAACACGCACAUUCGACACAAUUCUGAGGUAAUCGAGAGCAGAGUCGUGAAGCUUUUUUCCUAUAGUAAUUAUUUCGAACUACUAUUUAAUCCAAUUUCAUUGUUAUCAAUAAUUUCUUUAUCUCUCAAAUUCUAUUUCGUCCAAUAUCGAUUUUUCUCGAAAUAAAAAGAUAAAUAAAUAAACAAGAAUCACGAAAUAAAUGUUUUCUGAAAAUGUAAUUCCUCUCGCGAUUUCGUCGACCGUGUUCACAGCCAUUUUCUCGUUUCGAGGAGCUCGAUCGGAAAUGUAGAAACGGAUCGGAAAAUCGCAGGUGUCUGAAAAAAAAAAAAAAAUCUCACGAUUUCCCACAACUAUAAUAGAACAAUGAAAUGGAAAAAAGAACUAAUUUCAACAUUAGAAGUCGUACGUGACACGCUGAACCAUCGAAAGCGUCCAAUUUAGCUCUAAAAAAAAAAAAAAACACCAUUUUUCCUAAAGUACUUCAAACAUUUGAACUUCGAAUACCGGAAGUUACAGCGUUUCUACCGAUAAGUUAAGAAAAUAUUGAGACACAGCUGCGAUUGAAAUUUAGUUGAUCUGUAAAUAUUCGAGAAAAUAAUUUGCCGUCAGAUUGUGAGUGACAACUAAUCUCGUAGUUACGAAUCGUACGAUAUUGUAAGCCAAAAGAAUCAAGAGAGACAACAAAACGGAAAUUGAAGCUCGACAGUACGAACGAAUAAAAAAUCCCUAUUUGAUAAACAACCGGUCGCGAUUAAUCACGCUUCGUUCCGGCCCGUUCUUCCACUUGCAAACCACAACUUAUAUAUUAUAUUUUCUGUAACUAUCCCGAAAGAAGGAAACAAGAGUCAAGAAAUAAUAACACGAGAGAAGCUUAGGCCCCGCCCCCUGAAACGACCGAGCAGGUCAGAGAGGUGUUACGGAGAGUUCAAUAUAGUUCUUCGACAAUCGACAAAAACAAUCGAAAGCAUGAAUAAGCGCAAUAAAUUCUGCAAUAUCUCGUACAAAAAUACUUGAAGAAAGAAAAAAAGUUCUAAGAAAAACGGUCAAUUCGCAAUCUGACGAAAAAGUAUUUUCUCUCCGAGGAUAUUCGACUUGACUAGCCAUCGAUGUUUCUGGAUACAUUAAAUGGAAACCAAAAAGUGCGUGUGCGCGUGUCUGUGUGUACGUGUGCGUCCAGAAUAAUUAAUUUCUCACAACAAAAGCCGUGUUGCACUUUUCCUUCGGUGCUUGUGUUCGAUUGAUCGGGGGAAAAAAAUCUUUUUUAGUCGGUGAACAGACGUGAAGAUUCGGGUGCGAAUGAAAAGCUUCUGAAACCAAAAAACAAAGAAAAUAAAGCCGGGAAAAAUGUGAAGAUUGAGAGAAAGAUAAAAAAACAGGUGCGAAAGGACUAUUCUGAAUAAGAAUAAAGCUGAAUGAGUGCGUGUGUAUAUCGAUAUAAAUAUGUGAGUGCGAAUAAUGUUGUAAGCGUACGUCACACUCUAACGAUAAAUAACAGUUGAGGAAAUAAAUAAUAAUGAAAGAAAAACAAAUCUGCAGCCGGAGAUAGUGGAAGAGCAUCAUUGAGAUUAAAGAUUAAGAGCAGAACAAAGAAUGAGCGAGAGAGACCGACUAAAUUGUGUAUCACCAGUUGAUCAUUGUACCGUGUUCCAUAUCAUUAAUAUCUUAACGACGAUUACGAGGGAGAACAGAGAUUGAACAUUUUUUGAAAUAAUUAUCACGUUUACAUUAAGUAAUUAGCUAGAUGAAGGUUAUAUAUAAAUCUGUAUGUCCGAAACCACGAGCGAUCUCGAUAGAUAAACCAUGUGGUUGUAAAAAAAAAAACAAAAAAAAAAACGAUUUAAAAAUAAAAAUAUAAAAAUUUGAUCCUCGA